CAUUGUUUUCAAAUUGUUUUGCAGGAUCCUGCAAACCAAAAAUGUGGUGGAAGAAAGAAAACUGUGUCUUUCAGCAGCAUGCCAUCAGAAAAGAAAAUCAGCAGUGCCAGCGACUGUAUCAGCUUUAUGCAAGCUGGCUGUGAACUAAAGAAAGUCCGACCAAAUUCUCGCAUUUAUAACCGUUUUUUUACUCUGGACACAGACCUCCAAGCUCUUCGCUGGGAACCUUCCAAGAAAGACCUUGAGAAAGCUAAGCUUGAUAUUUCUGCCAUAAAAGAGAUCAGACUGGGGAAGAACACGGAAACAUUUAGAAACAAUGGCCUUGCUGACCAGAUUUGUGAAGACUGUGCCUUUUCCAUACUCCAUGGGGAAAACUAUGAAUCUCUGGACCUAGUUGCCAAUUCAGCAGAUGUAGCAAACAUCUGGGUGUCAGGGUUACGGUACCUGGUCUCACGAAGUAAGCAGCCGCUUGAUUUUAUGGAGGGUAAUCAGAACACCAAGGUUCAUGUGGUUGAAACAGUGUUUGAAGCAGCAGACAUUGAUGGGAAUGGGAUUAUGUUGGAGGACACCUCUGUAGAGUUAAUAAAACAACUCAACCCUACUCUGAAGGAAUCCAAGAUCAGGUUAAAGUUUAAAGAAAUCCAGAAGAGCAAAGAAAAACUAACCACCCGGGUGACAGAAGAAGAAUUUUGCGAAGCUUUUUGUGAACUUUGCACCAGACCAGAAGUGUACUUCUUACUUGUACAGAUAUCUAAAAACAAAGAAUAUUUGGAUGCCAAUGAUCUCAUGAUCUUUUUAGAAGCUGAGCAAGGAGUUACCCAUAUCACUGAAGAGAUGUGCUUAGACAUUAUUCGGAGGUAUGAACUUUCUGAAGAAGGACGUCAAAAAGGAUUUCUUGCAAUUGAUGGCUUUACCCAGUAUUUGUUGUCACCAGAAUGUGACAUUUUUGAUCCUGAGCAAAAAAAGGUUGCCCAAGAUAUGACCCAGCCAUUAUCUCACUACUACAUCAAUGCUUCUCAUAACACCUAUCUUAUAGAAGACCAGUUCAGGGGACCGGCUGAUAUUAAUGGGUAUGUCAGAGCUUUGAAAAUGGGCUGUCGAAGCAUUGAACUUGAUGUAAGUGAUGGUUCAGACAAUGAACCAAUUGUUUGUAAUCGAAAUAAUGUGACAACACAUCUUUCUUUUCGAAGUGUCUUAGAGGUGAUAAACAAAUUUGCUUUUGUUGCUUCUGAAUACCCACUCAUUCUUUGCUUGGGGAAUCACUGCUCCCUACCACAGCAGAAGAUAAUGGUUCAACAGAUGAAAAAGGUCUUUGGAAAUAAACUCUAUACUGAAGCACCUUUGCCAUCAGAAUCCUACCUCCCAUCACCGGAAAAAUUAAAAAGAAUGAUUAUUGUGAAAGGAAAGAAAUUGCCUUCUGAUCCAGAUAUUUUAGAGGGAGAAGUAACAGACGAAGAUGAAGAAGCUGAAAUGUCUCGGAGGAUGUCAGCAGAUUACAAUGGUGAGCAGAAGCAAAUCUGGCUGUGUAGGGAGCUCUCUGAUUUGGUAUCAAUCUGUAAAUCUGUUCAGUACAGGGAUUUCGAACUGUCUAUGAAAAGCCAAAACUAUUGGGAAAUUUGCUCAUUUAGUGAAACAGAGGCCAGCCGAAUUGCAAAUGAAUACCCAGAAGACUUUGUAAAUUAUAAUAAGAAGUUCUUAUCAAGAAUCUAUCCAAGUGCCAUGAGGAUCGAUUCCAGUAACUUGAAUCCACAAGACUUUUGGAAUUGUGGUUGUCAGAUUGUAGCAAUGAAUUUCCAGACUCCAGGUCCAAUGAUAGACCUGCACACAGGCUGGUUUCUUCAAAAUGGAGGAUGUGGUUAUGUUCUAAGGCCAUCUAUCAUGCGGGAUGAAGUUUCUUACUUCAGUGCAAACACAAAGGGGAUUGUACCGGGAGUGUCGCCUCUUGCUCUUCAUAUCAAGAUCAUCAGUGGUCAGAAUUUCCCAAAGCCAAAAGGAGCUUGUGCCAAAGGGGAUGUCAUAGAUCCCUAUGUUUGUAUAGAGAUACACGGAAUACCAGCUGACUGUGCAGAACAAAGAACUAAAACUGUACAACAAAACAGCGAUAAUCCUAUUUUUGAUGAAACGUUUGAGUUUCAAGUAAACCUACCCGAACUGGCCAUGAUUCGCUUCGUUGUUCUGGAUGAUGACUACAUCGGGGACGAGUUUAUCGGGCAGUACACAAUACCUUUUGAAUGUUUGCAGCCUGGAUAUCGACACGUUCCCCUCCGCUCCUUUGUGGGGGACAUCAUGGAGCACGUGACCCUUUUUGUCCAUAUAGCAAUAACCAAUCGAAGUGGAGGAGGAAAGGCACAGAAGCGAAGCCUUUCAGUGAGAAUGGGGAAGAAAGUUCGCGAAUAUACUAUGCUCAGGAAUAUCGGUCUUAAAACCAUAGAUGACGUCUUUAAAAUAGCAGUUCAUCCUUUACGAGAAGCCAUAGACAUGAGGGAAAAUAUGCAGAAUGCGAUAGUGUCUAUUAAGGAACUGUGUGGACUUCCUCCAAUUGCCAGCCUGAAGCAGUGCCUGCUGACCCUGUCCUCUCGGCUCAUCACCAGCGACAAUACUCCCUCAGUCUCUCUUGUGAUGAAAGACAACUUUCCUUAUCUGGAGCCUCUGGGGGCAAUUCCAGAUGUGCAGAAAAAGAUGCUGGCUGCUUAUGAUUUGAUGAUUCAAGAGAGCCGAUUUCUCAUAGAAAUGGCAGACGCGGUCCAGGAAAAGAUUGUGCAGUGUCAGAAAGCAGGGAUGGAGUUUCAUGAGGAACUUCAUAAUCUGGGGGCAAAAGAAGGCUUGAAAGGAAGAAAGCUGAACAAGGCAACCGAGAGCUUUGCUUGGAACAUUACCGUAUUGAAGGUAAAUUAAGUAUCCAAAUGUAGAGAAGCAUCAGUGGUUGAAUAUGGUGAUUUGAA